CCUUUAAAUCUUUCCGCUAAACGGGAACGUGCUUCCUUUGACUGGUUUGGGAUCACGACAGCGGCCGCCCUCUCUCGCGCACGAUUGGCCGAGCCGUGGGAAUAUUCAAAUGAAGCUUUGAUUGAUUGGCCCGGAGCCGGUUUCAACAGUGCAGAGGACUCAUUUUCAUUCCGACAUCACUCUCCGUGGUUCACACGGCUCGGUUAGGCUUGCUGACAUGAUACGCAAGCGAUGGCAAGGAAAACCUAAUCGGUGAAAUUAUCUCCCACACCAGCGGCGAAUAUGUCGAGGAAGUGCAGUUAACGGAGCCAGCUUUAUCAAUGGAUAUUCCUCCCGGGGUUUCAGGCGCUCAUCGCGAAUUCUGUGGCGAGAUUGCUUUUGCAGAGGAAAUACGCCUUCCGAGCAGGAGAACAACCAAUCAGCCGUGGCGAACCAAAGAUAAACAAGCCUUAUGAUAAGACAAAACUCUGUUUACCCAGGCUGUGCGCAGCCCUAGUGAACUAUCAUGCUGGCCUGUAUCCAGAGACGGCAAAACUUCUCGUCGCAGCAUUUGGCCUGCACACCCAAAAGCCUCGAUGUUCCGCCGCCGCCAUUGCUGCUGCCGGUACCACCGCUGCAGUCAUGCACCCACAAAGGGGAGCCGUCCUCCAUGAUUUCUCGGUACCCCUCUCCUGCAGAGUUGGAUGCUUUUGCGCAGAAAACUGCCAACAGCCCACUGUCCAUCAAAAUCUUCCCGUCGGAUGUGCGGGUGCCGCAACACAAACAGCUCAGCAAAACAGUAAACGGCUUGGACACCACUGGUCAACGCUACAGCCCCUAUUCGCAUCCGUACUCGGGAGGCUACCAAGGCUUGUUGGCCAUUGUCAAAGCCUCUGUGGUGGUCAAAGGUGUGGUGAAAACCUCAGAGGGCAGAAGGACUAAACAUGUAAACAGCCAGGCUUCUGUGGCACCAUAUAAUAAUCCUUUGAAUAAUGUCUACACCGUCAGAAACGGGCAUAAAGCCUAUCGCGUAAACUCAUGCAAGCCGCCCGAUGCACCGAUCGAGACACUUUGUUCUAGCGUUGGAAUAGCCUCUGGAGAUCAGAGCCUGCCCCCCCAGUCUGAGCUGGCAGAGGUUCAAAGCUUGAUGAGGCAGAUGAGCAGAGUUCCUCACAGCCAGGCGCCGCAGCUGGGGGGAGAGGCCCGAGCCAGCCCCUCGCUGCAGGCCGUGGCUGCGGUGGCGCAUUCAGACUCAGACUUUGUCCUGGGAGUGCCUCCCCAGAGCAGUCUGGCUUUCGCGGGAGCGGUGCUACCGACACAGAGCGCAGACAGAGCCAAAGCUGGAUACUUGGACAAAGGAGACUACACUGUGUGGCAGCACAAAGCUCAAAUGCAACAGCAGCAGCCCUAUCAGCAGGGAGCAGUGAGGAUGUACGGUGUGAGUAGCAGUGCUCAGGGCCACAGAGCAGCAGAGGCUGGGGUUGGCCUUUCUCCUGAAACUUGCCUCCCUUUGGCCCGCUCCUCACAGCUGCCGUAUAGGCCGCAUCCUGGAAGAGUGGGCGUCGGGCAGGAGCGAGUCAGCGCCAGCGUACAGGGGGAGGUGUCUGUCGGACAGUACUUCGCUCCUCUGUGGGACAGCGUCGUGGCUACCCCUAACAGUGACUGUUAUCCCUAUCAGGUGCUGACAACGGGUACAUGUGCAGCCAGGCCUAGAGAUGUGGGUCUCUCCCAUCCUCAUCCCCAUCUUCACAACCACCACAACCCACAACAUCACCAGGCACAGCUUCACCCUCCUCUUCCUCUUCCCCCUCCCCCUCCUCAUACCCAGGCCUACAGCACAGACCAAAACCUCUGUUGUGGGCUGUCUAGUUCUAGCCUGUGCCACGCUGCAGUGCUUAGCAGCAGCCUGCAGUCUCUGGAGUGCCUCAUCAGUGAGAUCCACCCUCCCUGCAUCAAAGAGCGCAUGCUGGGCCGUGGGUACGAAGCCAUGGGGAUGCCUCCGCUCAUGGAGCACCAACAGCAAGCCCACAUCCAGCUCCCCGUCUACAGAUAAGACGGCAGGACAGGGAAGCGACACAUCUUUUAUAGACCGCAGAGGUGUCUGUGAGCGAGAGACAUGCCUUUUUGUUUGUGCAUGUACUUUAUUUGUAGAAGGCUUUGUCUCACAAGCCUGGAAAAGAAAAAAAGGUAAAAUGAUAAUCAUGACUUUAAAAUACAGGUUUAUUCUAUGGACUUUCCACGUUGUAUUUUUAUAUCUUUAAAUGGCCAUUGGACAUGAUUACUGUCGUUCACGUGAUGCCGAGCACUUAUUUGCAUUUUUACAUUACAAAAUCAUCGGUAACCUUCUGAAAACUUUUACUUGAAUCCGGUUAAUGAUCUCUGGUAAGCCUUUUUGUGAAUAUACUGUAUUUGUUUUAUGGGGUUUUUUCUUAUUAGUUAUUUGAGAGCAAGAAUUCUCCUCAAAAAUCACUUUUAACCAAUCUUCUUGGUUGUCUGUUGAUUUCUUGUGGAUUUGUGUUUUGGUUUCCUUCUCCUGGCUUUCCUUUAUCGGACAUACGCACUGCCCCAGCUUUCUCAGUACGAUGCAACUCUCCUAGAUGCUGCAUGGGGAAAUACUUUCACCAUUCAAAUGUGAAUAUAUAUACAUCUAACCAACAUACUUUUUUGUUACAGUCACAGAGAAACUUGUGUAAUUUAAACACCUAUACUGAUUUAACCUAGUCACGCUCAGCUCGGCUUUUAAGGACUGUUGCAUAUCCAAAUCAACACUGUGGCAUUCAGGCCAAGCAAGAUAUGCCCUUGGUUGUAUUUUUUUAAACUGUUUUUGAAUUUCAGAAGCUUGUGUGAACAUUUUUCCUUGAAUGACAUAAAGUCCCGACACUGUUCUCACGACGCCGUGUGUAUAACGGAAGUGCUACGUAGAGGAGCAGGCCGCCUGAAUCAUUUACAGUGUCUUCUUUGUAGGGCUAUAUUAUCUGCGAUGGUUUGAGAUGUGUGACUGAGUAGUUCUUUGUGUGUCUGCACUGGUUCUGUAAUCCAAUUUAUUUAUGUCCCCACCCCCCUCUCCCUUGAUUUAUAUGGCAAACUGUCUCUCUUAUAAAGUGCAAUUAUUAUAUAUGAAUAUGUGAGCGCUCUCCAUGAAUUAUGUUGAUGAAAUAACUACAUUUUGCAAUGUACGACCCUAAUCCCUCACCCUUUUUUGCUUCUUCUUAAUAAGGAUUGUCAAGUAAAUUAAAUUUUCUAAACCCA